AUGGUUCAGGAUGGGCUUUCCCAAAUUAAGCCCAUCAUUCAAGACGUACAUGACUGUAUUUUGUAUGUGAAACAAUCAGAGACUAGAGCAAUUAUGUUUUCAGAGAUUGUUCAAAUGUUGCAGUUGCCUAAACGGAAACUCAUACUUGAUUGCAAAACGAGGUGGAAUUCUACUUAUCAGAUGUUGACACUUGCAAUUCAGUACAGAGAUGUGUUUCCAAUGUUAGUUCAAUUGGAUAAUAACUUUACUUUUGCCCCAUUAGAUGAAGAUUGGGAAAAACUUAAGAAAGUGUGUGAGAUUUUGGAAGCCUUCAACUCGGCAACUAAUGUCAUAUUGGGGAGUGAGUACCCCACUUCUAACUUAUUUUUGCAAGAAAUUGUUGACAUAAAAGAGUUGCUAGAUGAUAAGUGUUCUGAUGAUGAUGAUUUUAUUCGGUUAAUGGUGGGAAAGAUGAAAGAAAAGUUUGACAAGUAUUGGGGGGAAUGUAAUUUCGUUAUGGCAAUUGCAGCUGUAUUGGAUCCGAGGAUGAAAAUGAGGAUGCUGCAACUUGCCUACCCACAAAUGUAUCCUGCUGAAGAAGCACAAGGCAAAAUUGAUGAAGUGCAAGCUACCUUGUAUGAGAUUUAUGAGCAAUAUGCAGUGAAAACUCAACCUGCCAAUAGUGAACCACCUGUAGAAAUCAGUAAAGUUCAACGGGACAAUGUACAACGCUCUAAACGUACUAGUUCAUGGUUUUUCCAGUUUUUUAGGACAACUGAAACGGUGCAACAUGAGAAAUCUGAGUUAGAUCGUUAUCUAGAGGAGAAUGUUAUGGGACGAGGAUGA